CGCAGGGCGCGCGGCUCUCCGCUGCUCCGACAGAGUUGAUCAGUGUCCGGAGUGAUACCUGAUGGAUGGAUGAUCAAUGCCCAAUCAAUCAAACCCCCGCUCGGACUCAUAGACAGGAGACCCAGGCACGUUCAGUAAGCUAUUGAUUACUGAUUAAUGAUCGGCAGCUGACAGAGUAUGUGAGCGGAGUUCAGCGCUUCAAACCAACAGGACUCUACUUUCUUCAUCCAUCCAUCACCUACUCCUCCACCUCCUCCGGGAUGAAGACUCCUCUCAGCCCCUCUCAGCUCCUGGAGAGUGGGCAGAUCUUUGCCUUUGGGGGGAUGUGUCAAGAGCUGAUGGACACACCCACACCUACAAGCAUCAGUCUUUCCGUCCAGCACGCUCCGUCUCCAGGUCAGGGUGGGGCCUACUCGCUUUGUGAGGUGUGUAACCUGCAGCUGACCUCCGAUGCUCAGGCACAGCUGCACUACAACGGCCGGUCUCACCUUCGGAGAGUGCGACAGCUCCAGGCUGGAGAGAAGGGACAACAUGUGGCAGCAGGGGCUCAGUCCAGGUCUCUGCCACAGGCCACAGGGCUCAGAUCUCAGCCUGCCGGACUAACUCCGACCCCAGGCCUCAGCCCAGCCCUCAACGCUGCACCAAGCACAACUGCAGGAAGUGGGUGUGGUGCAGUAGGCGGGGCGUUGCCGGGGCUGAUAGGCGCCACCGGCCCCUCAGUGAUGAUGAAACCGUUCCUGUCCUUCCCUGUUGAGACGACGUCGCCAGUUGGACUUUUUCCAAACUUCAACACGAUGGACCCGGUGCAGAAGGCCGUCAUCAACCACACAUUUGGUGUUACCAUGGUGCCCAAGAAGAAACAGGUCAUCUCCUGUAACGUUUGUCAACUGAGGUUCAACUCUGAUUCUCAGGCAGAGGCUCAUUACAGAGGCAGCCGUCACGCCAAGAAGCUCAAGUCUCAGGAGAACAAAGCCAAGGCCAAGCUGUCGAUCACUGCAGAGGCCAAUGGGAGCAGCUCUAGCCCUGCUGGCCCCGCCCCUCAUGUCUCAGCUAGCAGCAGCACCAAUCAGCACACAGAAUUCUUAUCCAGCAUCACCGACUCCUCCUCUCCUCUCAAAGCCUUCCUCCUCCCCUCAUCCUCCCCUCCCUCCUCAUCCUCCCCCUCCUCUAGCAGAGCAGGCAGUGAGCCUCCCCCCUCCAGUCCUCCCUCCGCUCUCCCCGCUCCAGGCCUCUCGUCCUCUUCUUCCUCCUCUGCCUCAUCCAAAGCUUCUCCUCCUCCCCCUCCUCCGGCUCCUGUCACCUCCUCUUCAUCCCCUGCCCCUCUUCCUCCUCCUUCCCAGGCCUCCUCCCAGGAUGCUCCUCUCUCAGUAGAGUCCGAGGAGGAGAAGGCCAAGAAGCUGCUGUACUGCUCUCUCUGCAAAGUUGCUGUAAACUCUCUGUCUCAGCUGGAGGCUCAUAAUGCAGGUUCGAAGCACAAGACGAUGCUGGAGGCUCGGAGCGGCGCCGGGCCGAUCAAGGCCUACCCUCGACCCGGAGCCAAGCUGAAGAACGGCAGCAGCUCCGGACUGAAAGGCUCCGGCCUGCAGAACAAAACCUUCCACUGUCAGAUCUGUGACGUCCACGUCAACUCUGAGAUCCAACUCAAACAGCACAUCUCCAGCAGGAGGCACAAGGACAGAGUGGCAGGAAAACCCAGCAAACCCAAAUACAGCCCUUAUAACAAACAGCAGAGAAACUCUCUCACUAAGGAGCUGGUGAAGCCCUCCCUCUCUCCCUCCUUCCUAUCCACUCCCUUCGCUCCUCCGCCCUCUUCCCUCACCUCCUCCAUCACACUCCCUCCCUCCUCUCUCGCCUCCGCCCCCCUCCUCACUCCCACCUCUUCACCCCUCACCCCUGCCAUCUCUCUCCACGCCCGCCCUCCAGCCCCCUCGUCCAUAUUCACCGCCUCCUUCCUGCGUCCGGCUCCUGGACCAAUCAGAGCGAGCCAAGGAUCGAUUCUCUUCACGCCCUACUGAUGACAGAGGUGGCGGUGGGGAGUCGAACUGGCAACCUUUGACCUCUGACCUCCAGUUUGCUGGAGCUACGGGGGCAGAAAAGUCAGAAAAGACAUCAGCUCUGCCAUCAUGGCUGCAGGGAUUCAAACCUGCGACCUUCUCACCUGACUGAGGUUUCACAAAGAGACAUGAGAGGACAGAGCCUCCUCCUUCUGUCUGGAUCGUGGGUCCGAAACCAGCGGAAGCAAACCGACGAUUUUAUCCAAACUAGAAAAUGAACGUGUUGCUUUAAAUAAACCACAGAGCUGAACCCAAGCAGAACCAGUCACAAAGAACCAGGAAAUUUGUUUAUGCAGUCAUGAAAAUAUUACAGAAUUGCACUAAUUUGGAAAACUUCAUUGUUGUCUCCGUAAUGUCCCAGAAUCAGCAGAUAGAGGAUGUCCACCUCAAAGGAAACCCAGUGAAACAGUCAACAUGUGCGAAUAUUCACACUUUUGUUUGGACCUUAUUACCAAAAACAAUCCCAAAGUACCUCAUCAUUUAUAACUGUUCAUGUUAUUUGUGGCAGCGCUAAAUCUGCUGAAAAUAAAGCUGGAGUUUUUUGGUUUGAUUGAGAUGACAAGAAUCAGAAACAGGAUUCAGGAGGAACCAGAACUGAGAAGCAGAAUCUAAAGAAAUCUCGAAGGAAGACGGUGAAGACACACUGGCGUUUUCUGUAUUUUGAUUUUCAGUCUAAAGAUGCAGCUUCAGUUGAGCCCAGACACAAAGGUGGAUAAGAAAGUCUGGACCCAGAACCCGGUUCAGGUCCAGUUGGGUCAGGUCUUCAGAGUUUGGAGGGGGGCUGAUCCUGUCCGAACAAAUAACCAGCACAAACAAGAUGUCAGAGAACUCAGCCGACGUCCUCCAUCAUGAAAUAUGCCACCGCUAUGACUACUGCAGCUACAUCUUCAUGUCGUACCAGACUGUGGUGUCGCAGGCGUCCUCCCUCAAGCGUCCCUGCGUUCACGUUCAACUUGUUCCUAACAUACAACAUCUCGAGCAAACAAACUACGAAGUGGAGAAAGAGAAAUUAAAGGAUUAAACUGGUGUGGUUUUAUAUCAUUAACACUGUCAACAAAUCCCUCGAAAAGACCAAAACCAACAAUGUAUUAGGUCAUUUGUUAAUACUUUCUGACCUCCACACGCUGUCUUUGUCACUUUUGGUUCCUACUGAAGACGUAAAAACCGUUCACAAGUGCGCAGUUUUAUUUUAAAAAAAGGUUCAGCAAUUUCAUAAAACAGCUGAACACUGUAGAUUUAAACAAAUGUCACUUCAACAGGAGGAAAUGGUGCAUUUGUUGGGGACCCUAAACUAGCCUAACUUUCUCUUCUGGAUUUAUGGCGUCAUGAAAUCCAAAUGAGAAUCAGCUUUAACAGGUAAUAAUCCUCAACAGAAAGUCACAUCAGGAUUGAUUCAGGACAGUUUGUUGCUCGUUCUCGUGCUGUAUGUUUGGAAUUGAAAUGCGAGUACAUGAACUCCUCUUUCUCCUCAUGUCUGAUGUCCACACCUCUUUCUGUACCUGAUGUCGUCCCUGUCGUCUCCACUGCCGCUGUGGUACAGACUAACUCUGGACUCUGGAUCAGACUAAUUCCCUGGUCUUACAGUGACGAAGGCCUUUCAUACUGACUGUUGCCAGGUGCGUACACUCACUCUGUCGGGUUUUCUUCCUCUCCAUCUUCCUCCUGCUGAAUCUCACCAGAACUUUCUGGAGUUUAAAGCGUCUGAGCAGAACUUUUAACUUAAGCUUUUAUCACAAGGAGGAACUUUUGAAGACUUUAACACAUCACUGGAACUUUUCACAACCUGCAACAGCAAAGGAACAUUUUCCUUAAAUAAGCUUAUUCAAUUUCCAUGAUCAAAACAAAAUAUUAACAUUUCUCUGGUUGCGUUUCCUGUGCUCUGAUAAUUUAUUUUACAGUGUAUGUUGUAAAUAUUUACCAAAAGCUUUUUCACGACUUUCAAACAACUGCAUGAUCUACAGCACGACCUCACGUUGUGUUCAAUGUUCAUUCACUGAGGGAUAUUUUUUAUGUCACUUUAUACCCCAUCUCUCCCAGUCCAUUCACCCUCUAUAUAUUGCUUAAUAUUGUAUGUAUAUUUUCAUUAUGACUGGAUCUUAUUAGUAUUUUAAAUUCAAGCCAUUUUUUUUUAUACUACAAAUCACAAAUCUGCCUCAAGGGGCCUCACAAUCUGUACAGCAUAUAACGCCAUCUGUCCUUAGACACUCAAUUAGGACAAGGAAAUACUCCCCUAAUGGGCAAAAAUGCAGGAUGGACAGACAUGCAAUAGAUGUGAAGUAAGUAAGUAUUUGGUGACUGCUGACAUCCGGGAGAAAGAAAGAAAAAAAAUCAAAAGAAAAACUUGUCGUCAUCCCACGUGAGUGCGUAGCGCGUAAAUACGUCCUGACAUCUAUAGAAAGCAGCCAUUUAUAUCCUCAGUCACUUCAAAGGGCUCAGAUGAUAUGUUUUUAUGAAACGGUAAAACAGAUGACUGACCCGAGCUUUCUUAACGCUUGAAACAUCUGAGGGCUGCAGAUGGGUUCUCGAAGUUUUCACGAGACAAAACGACAAUUCGUCAGCCGACAUUAACCAUAAUCAGAAUUUCUGUGACAUGAUGACCUUCUAACCGAGAGGAAGAAAGGGAAAAGACAAUGAAAAAAACAAAAAACAAAAUACUCAAGUUCAAAUGCAGUACAGCAGUCUUUAAAGUCUUUAACAGCAGCAUUUAAGAAGCGUGGUUUGUGCUGCCAUUGUAGAUGUCGUGAUGACUGGAAAACAUUUUCUUACUACGCUGUUUUCAUGUUGGGCUGGCAUAUGAUUGUGCGGUGCCGUCAGUAUGCUGUAAGGACCCCAUGCUACGCUUUCACGCUUUUAUGCUGACAUGUGUAGCAAUAAGUUUGCUUUAUAUUCUCAUUGUGUUUUGUAAUGAAUCUUGAGCGAGCUCCGUUCGCUAAAGAUGACUAUGCAAUACGACUGAAAGCUCAGAAAAAAAUCUCGUAAGUGGACCUUUUAGUCGAGGUUAUUCUGUCACACAAACCGAUCACCCUCAUGAAUGAACUUCCAUGCUCAACAUCGGGAUAUUGUUUUGUCUGUCCGUCACUUUCACCAGUGUUUUUAGGUUUUUCAAGUCCUAAAAUUAAGAUGAUCAGCAGGUUGUUUAAAAGUCGUGAAAGGGUUUCACAGAACCAGGUGAAACCAUAGAAAAUAAAAGAAAACUUCACACAAACUUAAAGACGAGGUGCAAAAGCUCCUCCCCAAUCUGACAGGACCAGUUGUUAAUAAUAAUAAUAAUAAUAAUAAUACAUUUUAUUUAAAGGCGCCUUUCUUGGCACUCAAGGACACCGUACACAGUUACACAAAUUGAGAUUAAAACACAUUAAGAAUUAAUUAAUUAAUUAACAACAAUAAAAAUUAAAUAUAAAAAUAAAAACAAAACAAAAGUAACAGAGCAAUUGGCAUCAUUGUUGUGAGUCUUUUCUACUCAGUCUGUUUAUCUCCAGGUUCUGAAGACUCUUCUCUUAUUGGCUAUCAGCAUUGUCAAUAAUUUAACCAGUCAGAGUUUUACCUGGAGGAGUCACUUGCUCUGCUCUGUGAUUAAUUAAUUAAUAAUACAAAGAACUGAAGCAAUGAUACUCAAAAUCUGAUUGGUUGAGUUAAAAAAGUGUGAUGGUCGGAGAGAUCAUGUCAGUGGUCAUGUUUAAAACUGAACCAUUUAUGAAAAUAUUUUCCACAACUUUUCCAAAACCUUUUUGGAUGUUGUGUUUUUUCCAUAACUUUUCAACACCAUGACUUUUCCAGGUUUAUCAUGACCAUAAAAACCCUGCUUAAAGUAUAGGGGCGCAUUUUAUUUAUAGUCAAUAUGGACAAGAGGAACAAUUAGCAUGACCAAUAACUCUUGAAAUAAACGUGAGUGUUGUAUAACGCUAAACUUGAAAAAAUGUGAAACUAUCCUUUUAAUGGGAAAAAAUCACAAGAAUAAAUUUGCUAAUUUUUUUGCUUUUAAAAAAAACUACAAAUAAAUGUCAGUGAUUGAGCAGCUGCUUUUGUAAAUAUAAGAACAUAUCUAUAAGCUGUGUUUUAAUUGGUGUUUUGCAGUGUAAAGAGUUUAUUAACUUUAUUCAUUGGCCUUAUGAACCACAUGCAAAAUAAGAUGUUUACAGUUUACAAGGAAUAAUAUGAAAUAAACAUUAUCAUUUGGGAAUUCUUACUUCAAAAUGUCUAUCCAAGCACUUAUUUUAAUUUUAAUAAUAACUAUAAUGAAAUGAUUUAUUUAUAAAGCACAUUUACAAAGUAUUUCACAAAAAAAAACCAGAACAUAGUAAAAACAAAAAUCUAAAAUUACUAAAACAAUAAGAUGAAUCUUAUUUUAAAGUUGCUGAAAAGCAAUUUUAUAAAAGUGGGUAAAAGAAUAUGAAUGGCAGCUUUAAAACACAUUAAGGAGCACUGUGUGGACCAGACUUCACAGCCACACGACUGGAUCAGAAAUAUUAAGAAUAUAAGCAGCAACACUCAGUAAACCUCUCAACUGACUGGUGUUCAUAUCAUUCAAUAAUCAAACAGGUUGAUUGUUGAUUAUUUUCUAUGGUUUCAAAUGGUCAGUAUUUUCUUGUCUGUCUUCCUGCCUCCUCCUGAAUAACUUGAAGCAUCUCAGUCUUCCAAUAAUGAACAAACAGGUGUAAGGACAUUAAGUGUGUAUGUAUCUGUGUUUAUCUAUGCAGUAUUUGGUCUCACGGUGCAGUAACUCUAUCUCAUCAACAUGUAAUUGUAAAAAAGACAAAGUGUCAAAUCCAUGUUGAUGAUGCUGAUUAACCUCCACUCAGGCUGUUUGACAGCCGCUCAUUUGAAAACAGAGCUCUCGGCUCUUAACUGAACUUCCUGCUCUGUCUAAAGAUGUCAUCAUGAUGCAAUAAUGUACAGAUCAGCUGCUGCUUCUCCAUUCGCUCUGCUUCCUUAUCAGCAAUACAGAGGUCUGGGUGUCUCCAUACUAGCCCGAGUCUCGAUACUUGGCCAAGUUGCAAUACUGGAAUGAAGCAAACAGGGAUGCACUGUUUAAAAUGAAGCGUUGAUUCUAGCUGACAUGUUGUAAAUAUGUCGGCAUUUCUGUUCAAACUGUCAUAAUGUUUUUGUUGAAAACUGAGACUGCGUGCGUGCGUGCGUGCGUGCGUGCGUGCGUGCGUGCGUGCGUGCGUGCGUGCGUGCGUGUGUGCGUGUGUGUGUGUGUGUGUGUGUGUGUGUGUGUGUGUGUGUGUGCUCCUUCCACGCUUGGAAUUAACCUCAUGCAUCUGAUUUAAUCACUUUGCUUCCAAAAUAAAAGCUCAUUUUCCAUUAAUCCAUAUGACAUGCAAACAGUGAAUAAAUAUGUGUUUAAAGGAGCAGUUCACCCAAACUGCUGCACUCAUCUCUGAUCCAGGCAGAGUUGUUUGUAACACAUCUGAUGCGUUUAAGUUUUCUACAAAACAACCUUUUAGUUGAGCAUAGUUUAGUUGAAAAGUUAUUUGUGCCAACAGGUACUGAAUUUGAAUUUUCUCUCAAAAUUUUUAAUGUUAAAUUGGAUCAAAUUUCUCCAAAUGUAUUUUAAGAAUAAAUUCAGGUUUUGAAGAUUCACGUUCAAACCGUGGUGAUGCACUUCAGAUUCAGCUUUCUGAGAUUCUGCACAAAGAAAACAAAACAAAGGCUGACAAGUUCAUAUUCAAUCCCUGCAGCCGAUCAUUACCAUUCAAACCUUUCAGAGAUUAUACUUGACGGGUGAGUUGCUUAAAUUGGAGCUGAUGAAGCUGAAAGCAAGGAGCUGCUCAAAGGUGAAAAUAAACAAAUAUUUCCUUUAUAUUUCAGCUCAGAACAGCAGCGUUAAGUCUUCUUCAGACAUGUUAAAAAGCAACAUCUCCUGCUUCAGAGAACCUCCGACCACUUCUUCAUGUACAGUAUUUAUUCUCUGAGCUUGUUUUUUAUGAUGAUGAAGAUUAUGAUGCAGAUAUGCAAACACAGAUUUGUCAGGUUGAGAUUAUGUAACAUUUUUCUCCUUAUCAUUUUAUUUCUGUAACUUUGUUUUUUUUUGUUUUUGUUUUCAUUAAAAACUGCUGAACAACCUA